CGCUGCCACGGUCGAGCGGUGACAUUUAGAACACUGGCAGCCCGCGGUAUUGAUUGAGCCGUUGAUUGGUCAGUGGAAAAACUGCGACCAAUCGGAGAAGCCGUUCAGUUACACGUAAAGAUGGCCGCACUGCCGUCUCCAACCCAGGUGGCUGGAGGCCACGCCGCAAUAUUUGAAGCCUAUUAUCAGCAGGUUGACCCUUCCGCCUCUGGAUCGAUCCCUGCGCCGCUCGCAGCGAAAUUUCUCAAAAAAUCAGGCCUUUCCGACAUAAUUCUCAGCAGGAUAUGGGACUUAUCAGACACAGCAGGAAGAGGCUAUCUGAACAAGCAGGGAUUCUUCGUCGCUCUCAAACUAGUUUCGCUGGCGCAGGCGGGCAAGGCGCUCACCACGGCCAACAUGCUGAGCGAGACUCCCCCGCCCAAAAUCGGCGAGUUGCCGAACGUCCUGCCAACAGGGGGCCCGCCCAAGCCGCCCCCGCCCAUUGGGGGCACUGACUGGACCGUGCAGCCUGCCGAGAAGCUGAAAUACGACAAUUUGUUCGACUCUUUGGAACCUGUCAAAGGCCUUAUUCCUGGAAACAAGGUGAAAAGCGUCAUGAUGAAUUCCAAGCUGCCUCUUCCGACCCUGGGCAAAAUUUGGGACCUGGCUGACGCCGACAAGGACGGAAUGCUGGACAGACACGAGUUCACAGUGGCAAUGCACUUGGUGUACAAGGCGCUGGAGAAGCACGCCAUUCCUGCCACGCUACCUCCAGACCUGAUGAAGCCCACGCGGCCGCCCAUUCCCGUCGCUCCAGCAGUUGCCCCUGGAAGGCCUCCAAUGCCUGGGAUGAUGCCUCCGGUUCCCGCGGUGCCAAAGGUGACGCCGACGUUCACUUCUCAACACACGGUGCACUGGGUGGUGGGUCCGAGCGAGCGGGCCAAGUACGAGCCGCGCUUCAAACUCGCAGACAAGGACAUGGACGGCUUCGUGUCCGGUGCUGAAAUCAAAGACAUCUUCCUCCAGUCUGGCGUCCCGCCACCCAUUCUUGCUCACAUUUGGGGACUGUGCGACACGAACCAGUCGGGCAAACUGAAUUUGGAGCAGUUCAUGCUGGCGAUGUGGCUGAUCGAGCAGAAGCUGGCCGGCGUCAACCCUCCGCCCAGCCUGGCGCCAGACAUGGUUCCGCCGUGCAUGCGGCCCAAGCCGCCGCCGCAGCAGCCCCAACAGCCAGUCCUCGAGGUUGUGAGUGCGGCCGCGGGCACGCCGUACCAGAGCACGCCCGAACUGGACAUGAUCAGCAAGGAAAUCGCCGAGCUGGCCUUGGAGAAGCGCGUCCUCGAGACGGACAUUGCUCAGAAAGAGGCCGACAUCAAGAUCAAGUCGGGCGAAAUCAAGAGUUUGCAGGGCGAACUGGACACCCUGGCGGCCACCCUCAAACAGCUCGAGAACCAGAAGGGCGAGGCGCAGAAAAGGCUGAACGAUCUCAAAGGACAGAAAUCCGCGCUAGAAAAAGAAGUGUCAGAAACCAAAUUACUUUUGGACGAGGAGCAGUCAAAGGUGGCGCUGCUGCGGUGCCAGGCGGACGAGCAGGAAAAGACGCUCAAGGAGCAGGAGGACGAGCUGAACCAAAGAAAGCAGGAGUUGGAAAGCCUCAAGGCCGAGGAGCAGAGGCUCGAGAGCUCGCUCAAGUCCUCCAAGGGCCAGUACGAGGAGCUCAACGGCAACCUGCAGGAGACCCAAUUCCUCAUUAGUCAGGCUAAAUCCAAAAUUACGCAGCUAGAGGAGCAGCAGCGCCAGAUGGACGAUGCUAUUAUUAUGUAUGACAAAGCACUGACAAAUAACGAUGCCUUUGCUGUGCCCGACACUUCCCUAGAGCCCAUUUCCACAGAGUUUAGAGAGCCAGAGUAUGUACUAUUUGCAAUGGUUAACGGAGUGGCCUCGCCUGCCGACUCUAAGCAGGACGACCCGUUUUCCUCGUCUAACGGAUCAAAUAAUGGACAGAGCGUCGACGUGCAGUCAAAGGAGAAUGCUUUUGAAAAUGACCAGUUCUCAAGUGACCCAUUCGCGGCCAAUUUCUCUCAACCAAACACAGGGUUUGACUCGGAUCCGUUCGCCAACUUUGGCGCUUCCGGUGGACAAAGUGAUCCGUUUGAUCCUUUCGGCGAAAAGGCCGCAGCUGCUACUUCCAAAACCCCUGAGAUUUUGUGCGGUUUUCAGCCUGGCGCGGACGCAUUCGGCUGCGACCCGUUUGCCGCCAACUCGACCUCGCCGGUGCCGAGCCGCGAGGAGAGCAGCCCGACGCCGGCGCUGCCGCCCAAGAAGAGCAAACAGCCGCCCCCGCGGCCAGCGCCUCCCAAGGCCAUGCUGCGGCCCGCGGCGCCGCCCGCCGCGCCCACCAGCCCCAGCCCGGAGCCCACGAGCGGCGCCGACCCCUUCGGCGGCGACGCCUUCGCCAACAACGCUGCGCCGGCAGACGCCUUCUCCACCGGCGGAUUCGCCGACUUUGCCGACUUCGACAAGUUCUCCACCACCACCACCACCUCCAACAACAUGAACGGCAUUUCGAGGCAUUCCCACAGCAACAACAACAACAACAACAACAGCUACACAAGCAGCAGCAACAGCAGUUCGACGGCGCCGAGUCCGGCGCCUGCGCGGCCCAAGCCGCUCGAGUUCACCGAGGACCCGUUCAGGGACUACCGCUACGCGGAUCCGUUCGACAUCGAGGACCCGUUCGCCAGCCUGCCCCCUGGCGGCGGCAACAACAACAACAACAACAACCAAAGCUUCGGGGACGCGUGGGGCGCUCCGACGACGAGCGUGACCGCCGUCGCCGCGUCCGAGGAGGAGCGGAGGCGGCGGCUGCGCGAACAGGAGCAGGCCGACUUCGAGUUCGCGCUGGCCCUGAGCAGGGCCGAGGCCGCCGGCACUUCCUAGUCGUUCGUUCGUUCGUUUGUUUGUUGAUUGGUCGGUUGGUUGGUUGGUUGGUUCGUUGUCUCUCACACUCUCGCAGUUCCAUUGGAUGUACUUUGUAAAUAUUGUAAUUAAUGUCGAAAAAUGAGCGAACGGGUGCGGGUGCAAGACGAAGGAUGCCUACUUAAUAAUUAAGGAUCGCCAUUUUUAAUUACGUUACUUCUCCGAUCGGUUGGUUUACUUGAUUAAUUAUUCGGUAGUCAUUGUGAUACAUGUGAUUUACCUCCUGAGAAUGCGGCGGCCGGAACCAAAGACUCGCAGGCAAUUUCUCACCUCCCCUCUUUUCUCCGUGCUAUUUUAUCAGGGAACUCGCACUACACUAAACUUGCUAAUUUAAUUUUUUAUUUUUCCCUCCAGUCACUCGCGAUAGGUUAAGUUAGUCGAGCAGGGUUGUGAAAAAUCCUGGUGCAGCUCGCGUCCAGAAUAAAUAAAAAAUACUAUUAUUUGACGAAAAAGAGCCGCCAUCACUCUUUGAGAUAACAUUCUCACGGUGAGAAGCAAAAUAAGGCUCUCAAAUUGAGAACGUGAGGAGCAGAGGCGGC